UGUUACAGUUAUGAAAUUGUACAAUAUUUAUUCAUGAAACUAAAUACAUAAUGUAUUACUUACUAUGUACUUUAUAUACUAACCUGUACAUAUACUGAGUCAAUAAAGAUUUAUAAAUGAUGAAUAAAUAAUGUCAUUAUUUUACUUUUAACAUUUAGUUUUCCUUCAAUUAAGGUACUAGUGGGCAGUUCUACCAAAUAAUAUGAAAAAUAUUCUUAUCUUAUUUUCAUCGUAAAAGCCUUAUUUUGAAAUACAAUAAACCAGCCAAUAUAGUGCUUCUGUACGAAUUCUGUUGAAAGCCAGAUUUGAUCCAAAGGCCAAUACAUGUACAAAAUUAUUGAAAAAUAUGCACAGAAUAUAGAUAUCAAGAUAUAGUUUUCUGUUAUAACGUUUUUACUUUUUUUUACUUUUGAAGUAUCUGGUAUUGAAAUAUAAAAACAUGAAUAUGCAUCAUUCAGACUUUAUACUUUAUCUAAGAAAAUGUAUAAUAAAAAACUAUAAAAAAACCGCCCAUUGACGUAUUAUGAAAUGAUCCAUUUUUUUAUUCAACCAAGGGGAAACUUUUACUUCCAAAAUUAUAUGGACAAUUUUAAAGCGCGUAGACAAGAAUAAAUUCAUGAGAUAAAUAUCAAAUGAUUUUCCAAGGCAACCAAACCCAACCAAAAGUUCUGAUUAUGUCAAAUCAUAGAUUGACGUACCCAAUACUUUUAAUAAUUUUACUAUUGAAUCUAGAAUGGAACCAAACAGCCCUGUUUUGCACAACACAAAUGAAUAAAUGUAAACAAAACUAUUUUAUAUAUGUUUCAUUCAAUUUUCAUAUAUCUAUAAGUAUAAAGCAUAUACAGAUCUUGUUGCAAAAUAUUAAUCUUGAAUGGAACCAAACAGUCUUGUUUUGGACAACACAAAUUAAUAAAUAUAUACCAAACUAUUUUAUAUAUGUUUCAUUCCAUUCUCACAUAUCUGUAAAGCACAUACAGAUCUUGUUGCAAAAUAUUAAUCUUGAAUGGAACCAAACAGUCUUGUUUUGGACAACACAAAUUAAUAAAUAUAUACCAAACUAUUUUAUAUAUGUUUCAUUCCAUUCCCACAUAUCUGUAAAGCAUAUACAGAUCUUGUUGCAAAAUAUUAAUCUUGAAUGGAACCAAACAGUCUUGUUUUGGACAACACAAAUUAAUAAAUAUAUACCAAACUAUUUUAUAUAUGUUUCAUUCCAUUCUUACAUAUCUGUAAAGCAUAUACAGAUCUUGUUACAAAAUACUGAAUCUAGAAUCGAACCAAACAGUCUUGUUUGGACAACACAAAUGAUUAAAUGUAUACAAAACCAUUCUAUAAAUGUUUCAUUACAUUCUCAUAUAUCUGUAAAACACAUAUUGUAUUCCUGUUUAUUUUCACACGGAUCUACGAGUGCACGUGCCUCGCAGACAUAGACCCUUACUGGCACCAUGCGAACAUUUUUUAGUAUUGUCUUGUUCACAUUUUGUAUGAUAUUGUAAACUGUUCUUGUAUCAUUAGUAUGAAUUUAAGUACGUCUUGCCUUCUAAUUAUGGCAAAAUCUUGAAUUUGGAACACUGGUGCACCAAAUAAUACUAGAAAUACUAUUUAUCC